AUACGCAUCGCAAAUCAUUUGUUCUGAAGAAGAAUUAUAUCCAGUCGUGUUAUAGGAUUUCAACCCGUCCUGAGUGAACCAUGAACCAAUCAACAUUCUUCAAUGUAAGCUAUUGCACAGAUCCUUUAUUCAAGUUGAAUGUUUUGAAGAAAACAACCAGUACUAAGUGUGAUAUAUGCCUGAUGGACGAUAAUAACCCAGUUCGGUAUGGAGAAUUCGUAGAGAAAACUUACGCAAAACACGUACUCCGUGUUCAUUACUUUUGUAUGCUUACCGGUACCUAUAUUCAGCAAAACGCAUCAUCAGGUGGGACGGGGAUCGCUGGCUUCUUGUUACGCGACAUCUUAAAGAGCUAUGCAGAAUAUCGCUCAAAAUCGUGUUACUACUGUCGACAUCCAUCGGCGCCAAUCGAAUGUGCACAGCCAACGUGUGGCCGACGUUUUCAUUACAUUUGCGGCUACAAUAACUCAUGCCUGUCACAGUUUUUUGGUCAGUAUUUAUCAUACUGCCAUCAACAUGUACCCGCUGAGUUGUGUAAACCGGUAAACACGAAGGAACGAGACUGUGACAUUUGUUACAAAAACUUGCCUGAGGUAACGGACCAGAACUUCAACCCAUUGGCGAUCAUACGCACCCACUGCAGCAGUGAGUGUCCGGCCGGACUGAUGCACCGCGAGUGUGUACAGAAGUUUGCCUAUUCGUCGGGUUACAAUUUCAAAUGUCCGUUAUGCUGGAAUAACAAGUUUAAGACCCAUGCCGCAGAGAGUGGGAUCUUUAUACCAGAGCGGGAGUCUGCCUGGGAACGUGAACCGAACGCAUUUAAAGAUCUUCACAAACGCAAAUGCACCGCAGUUCCGUGUAAAGUAGAAAACGCACAGCAAAGCAAUCAGGUAUCUGAAUUGUUGGGGUGUCAAAUUUGUGGCGGACAGUUAAUGCAUAAGCUUUGCUCUGGCGUAACAGAUGAAAAUGAUUAUCUUUGUAAUGUUUGUAUGGACGACUCGUUUGCUAAUUUGGUGCAAUAGUUGAUAGCUUUGGUUGGAUAAAAACAAGGAAUAUUGAAUUUGUUACACAAUUUUAAGCUGUUGAAACCGUUGAUAUCGCCGUCGCCGUUACUUCCGGGCUUUCUAAUGCCAUCACUUUCCCUUAAUUUCUUUUGGUAGGAUUUAAGUUAGUGAGCAAUAUUUAUUA